CGACGUCAUGGUCAAGACUUGAAGAGCUCGACCCUUUAAUGUUCACGGACUUCCAGUGGAUACCCGUUCCCCCGACCGGUCGAUUGCCGAAACCGCAUUGCAAUGUGCUCAUGGCACAAUUGCGGGAUUACUUGCACACUGCAGUACCGACUCCGUUCAUGGACGCCGGAGUAGAGGUUGUCGACCUUCCCGCCUACAUUGCGAAGAUCGACCGCGAGUUCAAGACGCAACGAUUCGACAUGAUCUUGGGCAUGUCAUGGCUGCGAAGCGAGGAUCACCCGGUGAACUUCUACCACCGCACUGUUCACAUUCGUGAUCGGAACGGAGUACUAGUCCCAUGCACGGUGCCUCUUCCUCAUCCUUCGAUCAGUUGCCACGUGGUAUCCGCCACAAGCAUGCGAGCUUCCAUCAUCAGAGACGACAUCGACGAGAUGGGGGUGUGUUUUCUCCACGCCCUCCCGCCCCAUGAUGCUUUAUGGACGGACUCUUCUCCGGAUCCACGCAUCACCGAGCUUCUCGACGCCUACGGCGACGUGUUCGAAGGCCCGCACGGAGUAGUAUCGGAUCGGCCCAUCCGCCACGAGAUCAUCCUCGAGGACGGGGCCGUACCUCCGCGCGGUUGCAUCUACCGAAUGAGCGAGGAAGAGUUAAGUAUGCUUCAGGCACAACUCGACGACCUUCUGGAGAAAGGUUGGAUUCGGCCUAGCUCAUCACCAUACGGUGCUCCUGUUCUCUUCGUCCGGAAGAAGAACAAGGAUUUGCGGUUGUGCAUCGAUUAUCGCAAGCUCAACGCGCAGAUGAUCAGAAACGCUGGCCCUCUCCCAUGCAUCGACGACCUUCUCGAGCGAUUGGGCGGCGCCAAGUUCUUCUCCAAGCUCGAUCUCAAGUCAGGAUAUCACCAACUCGAGAUUCGGCAGGAGGAUCGCUACAAGACCGCGUUUAAGAUGCGAUAUGGGCAUUUCAAAUGGCUGGUUAUGCCAUUUGGCCUUACGAAUGCCCCGGCCACUUUCCAAGCAGCUAUGACAACGGAGUUCCGACACAUGCUGGAUCGAUACGUACUUAUCUACCUUUACGACAUCCUGGUGUACAGCCGGAGUUUGGACGAGCAUGUGGAACACCUGCGCACCGUUUUGGAGCGGCUACGACAAGCCAAGUACAAAGCCAACCGCGACAAGUGCGAAUUCGCGCGGCAGGAGCUGAAGUACUUGGGACAUUAUGUAAUGCCGCAAGGCAUCCGUCCGCUUGCGGACAAGAUCGAGGCCCUACGAGUAUGGCCUGAGCCCACCAACACCACAGACGUUCGUUCAUUCAUGGGGUUGGCGGGCUACUAUCAGCGAUUCAUCACCGGAUACUCGAGGAUUGCUGCACCUAUGACGCGAUUACAAUCGCCAAAGGUGCCAUUCGUAUUCGAUGACGACGCACGUCGGUCAUUCCAAGCACUCAAGACGACCAUGCUCAUGGCACCCGUCCUUAGCAUCUAUGACCCCACGUUGCCGACGAGAGUGACUACGGACGCUUCCGGCUAUGGCAUUGGGGCAGUCUUGGAACAACACGACGGCGACGUCUGGCACCCUCUGGAGUACUUCAGCCACAAAGUGCCUCCCUUCAACUCGCUUGAUGAUGCAAGGAAGAAGGAGUUGCUCGCAUUCGUGAUGGCUCUCAAGCGCUGGCGGCACUUCCUCCUUGGGCAUCGUAGGUUCACAUGGGUCACAAACAACAAUCCAUUGACCUACUACAAGACGCAGGAUACAGUGAGCAGCACGAUCGGACGACAGACGUACUUCAUCGACCAAUGUGACUUCACACCGAAACAUCUUCCUGGCCUCUCCAAUCGUGCAGCAGAUGCACUCUCGUGAAGACCUGAUCUUUGCGCUAUGAUACAUCAUCCCUUGGCAUUCGACGAGGAGCUUCAGCGACACUUCAUCAG